AUGUCAAUAAUUGAUAUCAAAUUUACAAUCAAUGAUUUUUUAUUAAAUCAAGAAUCAUUACAAAAUAAUAAUAAAUAUUCAUGUCCAAUUUGUUGUGAAUUUAUUUACAAGAAAUCAAUUUAUCAAUGUAAAUCUGGCCAUUUCGCAUGUCAAGGAUGUUGGGAAACAUCAUUAAAAAAUAAAAAAGAAUGUAUGAUUUGUAGAAUUAAAGUAAAUUUAAUCAAUGAUUUAUCAAGAUGUUUAGUAAUUGAACAGUUUUUUAGUAAAGAAGAAUGUUUUUGGUGUGAUAAAAUUGUUAGAUUAAAAUCAUUACAAGAACAUGAAUAUCAAUGGUUAUAA